CAGCAGCAGCAGGAGCCCCGCGGUUGCGCGCCGAUGCCGGCCCGGCUAGUUGGGUGGUGGUAGCCAGUCGCGCAACGGGCCAGCAGCCGACUCGCAUAACGACCGGUACCCACCAUGGGGCAACCCGCGGCUCCGACGGUCUUCUUCUUCCUCCUGCUGCUGGGGCUCCUGGACCCCUCGCUCGGCUUCCCCAACACCAUCAGCAUAGGAGGCCUUUUCAUGAGAAACACUGUCCAGGAACACAGCGCGUUCCGAUUUGCUGUGCAGUUGUACAACACCAAUCAAAAUUUCACCGAGAAGCCCUUCCAUUUGAACUACCACGUCGAUCAUCUGGACUCUUCGAACAGUUUUUCGGUGACCAACGCGUUCUGUUCCCAGUUCUCCAGAGGAGUCUAUGCCAUCUUUGGAUUCUAUGACCAGAUGUCAAUGAACACACUGACGUCCUUUUGCGGGGCACUGCAUACGUCUUUCAUCACACCCAGCUUUCCAACAGAUGCUGAUGUUCAGUUUGUCAUCCAGAUGCGUCCGGCUCUGAAAGGGGCCAUCUUAAGCCUUCUGACGUACUACAACUGGGAAAAAUUUGUAUAUCUUUAUGACACCGAACGAGGUUUUUCCAUCCUCCAAGCAAUUAUGGAAGCUGCUGUGCAAAAUAAUUGGCAAGUGACGGCCCGAUCGGUGGGAAGCAUCAAAGAUGUUCAGGAGUUUAAGGCAAUCAUCGAAGAAAUGGACAAGCGGCAAGAGAAGAAGUACUUGAUCGAUUGUGAAGUGGAAAGGAUAAACGUCAUUUUGGAACAGGUGGCAGCCCUCAGUAAAAAUUCCAGAAGUUACCACUAUAUGCUUGCUAACCUGGGUUUUACAGACAUCUCAGUGGAGAGAGUGGUCCAGGCUGGGGCCAACAUAACCGGAUUUCAGAUUAUUAAUAAUGACAACCCAUUGGUCCAACAAUUUAUGCAGCGUUGGGUGAGACUUGAUGAAAGGGAAUUUCCUGAAGCUAAAAAUUCUCCAUUAAAGUAUACAUCCGCGUUGACCCACGAUGCGAUCCUUGUCAUAGCGGAAGCGUUCCGGUACCUCCGAAGGCAGCGGGUAGAUGUAUCUCGGAGAGGAAGUGCUGGAGAUUGUUUAGCAAACCCAGCCGUGCCUUGGAGCCAAGGGAUCGAUAUCGAGAGAGCAUUGAAGAUGGUUCAGGUUCAAGGAAUGACAGGAAAUAUCCAGUUUGACACCUACGGACGUAGAACCAAUUAUACGAUUGAUGUGUAUGAAAUGAGACCUGGCGGGCCACGGAAGGCUGGUUACUGGAAUGAAUAUGAGCGAUUUGUGCCUGCGAUCGAUCUUACUGUUUCCAACGAUACAUCCUCAGUUGAGAACAGAACCAUUGUGGUGACUACCAUCCUUGAAGCCCCCUACGUGAUGCGCAAGCAGUCUCCUGACCAGAAGGAAGGGAAUGAAAAAUACGAAGGCUAUUGUGUUGAUCUCGCUUACGAAAUUGCGAAACAUGUUGGGAUUAAAUAUGUCCUGUCCAUUGUUCCUGAUGGGAAGUAUGGAGCAAAGGACCCCGAGACUAAAAUGUGGAAUGGCAUGGUGGGUGAGCUGGUGUAUGGGAGAGCAGAUAUAGCCGUUGCCCCACUGACCAUAACCCUGGUCCGAGAAGAAGUCAUAGAUUUUUCCAAACCUUUUAUGAGCUUGGGCAUUUCUAUCAUGAUCAAGAAGCCCCAGAAAUCUAAACCGGGGGUCUUCUCCUUUCUGGAUCCUUUGGCCUAUGAAAUUUGGAUGUGUAUAGUCUUUGCAUACAUUGGCGUCAGCGUAGUUCUCUUUUUAGUCAGCCGAUUCAGUCCUUACGAGUGGCAUUUGGAAGACAACCAGGAAGAACCUCGGGAUCCUCAAAGCCCACCAGAUCCACCCAAUGAAUUUGGAAUAUUUAACAGCCUGUGGUUUUCCCUGGGUGCCUUUAUGCAGCAAGGAUGUGAUAUUUCUCCAAGGUCUCUCUCAGGGCGAAUCGUUGGCGGCGUUUGGUGGUUCUUCACCCUCAUCAUCAUCUCAUCCUACACCGCCAACCUGGCUGCCUUCCUCACGGUGGAAAGGAUGGUGUCGCCCAUUGAAAGCGCUGAAGAUCUGGCUAAGCAGACCGAGAUCGCCUACGGGACUUUGGAUUCUGGUUCAACCAAAGAAUUCUUUAGAAGAUCCAAAAUUGCUGUCUAUGAGAAAAUGUGGUCGUACAUGAAGUCGGCAGAGCCCUCGGUGUUUGCCAAAACCACGGCCGACGGGGUGGCCCGCGUGAGGAAAUCAAAGGGAAAGUUUGCAUUCCUGCUCGAAUCCACCAUGAAUGAGUACAUUGAACAGCGAAAGCCCUGUGACACAAUGAAAGUUGGUGGGAACCUGGAUUCCAAAGGCUAUGGUGUAGCAACUCCUAAAGGCUCAGCAUUAAGAACUCCUGUAAACCUUGCAGUAUUGAAACUCAGUGAACAAGGCAUCUUAGACAAGCUGAAAAACAAAUGGUGGUACGAUAAAGGUGAAUGUGGUGCCAAGGAUUCCGGAAGCAAGGACAAGACAAGCGCACUCAGCUUGAGCAAUGUGGCAGGGGUGUUUUAUAUCCUGGUUGGAGGCCUCGGCCUUGCCAUGACUGUGGCCUUGAUAGAAUUCUGUUACAAGUCUCGAGCAGAGUCCAAACGAAUGAAACUGACAAAGAACACACAAAACUUUAAGCCAGCUCCUGCACCCAAUACCCAGAAUUAUGCUACGUACAGAGAAGGAUACAACGUGUAUGGAACAGAAAGUGUAAAGAUCUAGUGGUAUGGCUAAAGGUUGAAUCCUGCAUUUAUCAUGGCUUGCAAAGGGAGGAACAACCGAGAUUCCCAGUUACUUCAGUGAUCCUGGUCACCUGAGCCAAUUUUACUCUCUCUCCCGGGUGUCGAUUUCGACACAAUACUGAUGAUGGUGCCAAGAACUUUUCACAGGAUUCUGAUUUUUUUUGUUCGUUUGUUUUUUUGUUUUUGUUUUCCUUCAGUGCCUUAACAGGAGAUUCUUAAGACUUUAGAAACAAUGCAAACCAUCAGAAAAAAAUAAAAUAAAAUAAUAUUUUUGCUUUGCUUGAAAAACGAACAAAAAAUGGGGCAAGAGACUAGUCCGUUCGGCAGACAAUAUUCAUAAAGGCAGAGACAGAGAGAGAGAGAAAGAGAGAGAAUAAAAGACGCCGAAAGCAUUCUUGUGAAAACAAAAAAGAAAGAAAGAAAGAAAGAAAGAAAGAAAGAAAGAAAGAAAGAAAGAAAGAAUCAAAACGUUCAACAGAAGCCAUUCUUUGAUACCACUGCACAGAAAACAUGAACGAUCUUUAUGGGGGGAAAGGAAGCCCCUCUUUCUCUGCUUAUUAAAAUGUUAAGCUUUUCCUAAUACACCUCAGAAAUCCACUGCUUAUCUUCCUGGAACUGUCUGUUCAUUGAAAUUUGGGAUAUUGUGAUGCUGGUUUUUUUCUGCCAUUGUAUUCCUUCCAGAAUUCUCUGUCUACCAUCACUAUUGUAAACCUCAUAUACACAUACAUGCACAUACACACAACACAUUUACACACAGACAGACACAGACACACUCACACACAUAUGUCAUCACCAUAGUCUUUUAAUGACCCCUGUAAUCCCUUGUGGGGUGGAGUUGGGGCAACUGAAUGGAGCUGAGUGUUUUACUGGCCGGAUGCCCUUCCUGUCACCAAUGCGGAGUUAUAUUCAGCAGAUAAAUUCUCAUUGUGCCCAGAGAGAGAAAUAUCUGCCUCUACCUAAGAUCAAACUCACACAGCCUCCUGAUUGUGAGGUGAGAGCUCCACGUUUAGGCCACUAUAUAUAUAUAUAUAUAUUUCAUUUCAACUGUUCUAUUAAAAGUCACUUUGGAGAGAGAAAUCAGGCACGUUGGCAAGUGUCCCAGCCAUUUUAGUGAUCACUUCCAAGUGCUUUCUUAAGUAAUAAUAAUAAUAAUAGACCGAUCUGGUAGAGCUUUGAGAAGUAACCGACUCCCAAAUGUUGUUCUCUGCGAUCUGUCCCCUUAGAAACUUACUUAUAUCUUUUCAGAACAAAACUGAUUAUCACUGAAUAUUGAAAAGACAGAUGGGAGAGAACAAUUUGGCCCUCCUCGUGCUGUUUUAGAAGCCCCGUCUGUCUCUUUUCAUCUUCGCGUUGUCAUUUAAACAGGUAACUUUAGCACUGGGAUCUUCACCUGAGCAGUUGUGGUUUUCAUCCUCGCUUCACAAAAGAGAGAGAGAGAGAGAGAGAGAGAGAGAGAGAGAGAGAGAGAGGAAAAAAGAAAGACAAUGGUAUUUUAAAGGGGACCAGUUUCUGUUACUUACUAUAGUUAUCCUCAGCUGUUUUCCACGGCUAUUUACUUUUUCUUUAGAUAGUAAUAAUAAAAAAAGUCAUCUUGAGUUUCAUAAAGAAAUAUAAUGCAUUCCAGAAUUCGACACUCAAGAUGGUGAAUUAAGCGUUACUGCCUUACAGUUUUUCAGACGUAAACAAGUGUUUUCGGGAUGUGAAUCUGUCCGAACUCCACUUAUGUUGGAGGGCUCAAUGGUAAGGGUUGGAGGAUUUUAAAAAAAAACACAAUAAUUCAGGUUUAAUCACCGGUGAUUCUAAUUAAAUAGGCUAGCAGGUAAGGGGAGACGAAGGUCUUGGAAUCACGAGAGGCGGAAGAAACGUAGGCAGAGUGGUGAGAAAUGAAUCAGGCUGGCAAAAUGAAACCAACCUCCGUCCAUUUGGCCAUCCGUCCACCACGAAAAGAUAAACCACAAAUAAGUUUCAAAAAAAAAAAAUUCUGCCUACUAAUUACCUCUAAUAUGAAACGACAAUAGUUGCGGCAUGAGAGCUCUGCGACAUUUCAUUCCAUUAAAGACAUACUGGAUAUCAAUUCAAUUUUUAAAAAAAUGUCGAUAAGGCAUUUAGAGAUAGAUAGAUAUAUUUUUUUCUUUCAAAUAAUAAUAAUAAUAAUUUAAAAAAAAGAAGACAAUGUUUGAAAUAAGUCGCUGGAAAUAUAUUUGAUAGCUUAUUCAAAGGAAGAGAAAAGAUCUUUCAUGAUAUAUUUGAUAGUUCGUUAUAAGACAAAGGGGUUAGCCUGUAGAAAUAAAACGGGGGAAAUGCUCAUUUCAUCGUCACAAAAAAAUGGAACAUUAAAGCGACAAGAAGAAAAUUAGCGCGAGAAACAUUUCCACCUGAAGAAAAAGCUGGCACUCGUGUCUGUUUUUUUUUUUUUACAGAGAUGUUAAGCAAAAAGAAACUGCUCUUUUUCCUGAAACUGUGAUUUUAAAUUUCUGAAUGCUAUAAUGUUCCAGCAAAAGGAAAUGCAAAAUGCUGUGCAAAAACAUGUUGUAUUUAAGUAAAAAAAAAGAACAAAAAAGAACAAAACAAAAAAAAUAUUGGGGGGGGGAGACAUUUUCAUAGAAGCUGUAUAAAAAGAAAUGUAUGUUUAUCAAACGAAAAUAACUUUUUCAGAGCGAAGGCUUCACGCUAGGGAUACUUUCGGUCAAUGGGUUGUAAUUUUUUUAAAAAACGUGCAUGUUAAUUUAAAAAUGAGGGGAGAAAAGUAUCAAUUGCUUCAAAAAAAAUCUGCUACUAAUUUGAAGCUGUGCAGAUAAAACAGCAGCUCCUUCAGAGGCAUUUUUUAAAAAAUUGUUUCGGUUUCCUCUUUCCUUUCCUUUGCCUUUUUUUUUUUUUUUUGGUUCGAAAAGUAAUUUUAGGUUGUUUCUUGAUCGGUUGUUAAAAAUUGCACUUCAUGAACAGAAGAAAAAAAAAGAAGAAAAAAAAAAGAAGAAAAAAAAAAAGAACCUUGCCAAAUGAACUUCCGGCUAACUGCAUGUGUGAGCAUCAAUUCCCGAGCCUCAUUUUAAUGGGGCAUUGUACAAAGAGUUUUAAUACAUUUUGUAAAUAAAAUUGUAAAGGAAA